AUGGCGUCAGCCUUGGAGCAAUUCGUGAACAACGUGCGGCAGCUCUCGGCACAAGGCCAGAUGACUCAGCUGUGUGAGCUGAUCAAUAAGAGUGGGGAGCUUCUGGCCAAGAACCUGUCGCACCUGGACACUGUCCUGGGAGCUCUGGACAUCCAGGAGCACUCUCUGGGAGUCCUGGCAGUUCUGUUUGUGAAGUUCUCGAUGCCGAAUGUCCCAGACUUUGAGACGCUCUUCUCCCAAGUGCAGCUCUUCAUCAGCACCUGCAACGGGGAACACGUCCGCUACGCCACCGACACAUUUGCCGGUCUGUGUCACCAGUUAACAAACGCCCUGGUGGAGCGGAAACAGCCUCUGAGGGGUGUGGUGGUCCUCAAACAGGCCAUUGACAAAAUGCAGAUGAACACCAACCAACUCACGUCUGUGCACGCCGACCUCUGCCAGUUGUGCUUGCUUGCAAAGUGUUUCAAGCCCGCACUGCCGUUCCUGGAGCUGGACAUGAUGGACAUCUGCAAAGAGAACGGAGCCUACGACGCAAAGCACUUUCUCUGUUACUAUUAUUACGGCGGUAUGAUCUACACCGGCCUCAAGAACUUCGAACGAGCGCUAUACUUCUACGAACAGGCCAUCACCACUCCUGCCAUGGCGGUCAGUCACAUCAUGCUGGAGGCCUAUAAGAAGUACAUCCUGGUGUCGCUCAUUCUCCACGGAAAAGUCCAGCAGCUGCCCAAGUACACCUCACAGAUAGUGGGCAGGUUUAUCAAGCCUUUGAGCAACGCAUACCAUGAGCUUGCACAGAUCUACAACACCAACAACCCGGCGGAGCUGCAGAACCUGGUCACCAAGCACGGAGAGACCUUCACCAGAGACAACAACACUGGGCUGGUGAAGCAGUGUCUGUCCUCCCUCUACAAGAAGAACAUCCAGAGGCUAACCAAGACCUUCCUCACGUUGUCGUUGCAAGAUAUGGCCAGCAGGGUGCAGCUGUCCGGUCCUCAGGAAGCGGAGAAAUACGUCUUACACAUGAUUGAAGACGGUGAAAUCUACGCUAGCAUAAACCAAAAGGAUGGCAUGGUGUGCUUCCACGAUAACCCCGAGAAAUACAACAACCCCGCCAUGCUUCACAAAAUCGACCAAGAGCGUCUGCUCUCAUUCCAGAUGUUAAAAUGUAUAGAAUUGGAUGAGAAGUUAAAAUCUAUGGAUCAAGAAAUUACAGUAAAUCCACAAUUUGUGCAAAAGAGUAUGGGGUCGCAGGAAGACGACGUUGGAAGCAAAACAUCAAGUUACUCUUGA